AUGCCAACACUAGUGGAUGAGUUCAAUCAAAAGAGUCGGGCCUUAUUGAAAAGAUUGUCUAAUGAAGCUGCUCAAGGAGGUGAUGAUCGUAAGUUUGCUGUUGGGUGGCAAAACACAAGCGCCCCCAAUAUAACAAUAUAUGGUGCUGCACAGUGUACUCCAGAAUUAUCAGCCCGAAAUUGCACUAAAUGCUUAGAUUUCGCUUUAGAUUUAGCAGGCAUCCCAAAAUGUAGUUUCAGCCGCAGAACAUUUGGAGGGAGAGCUAAUGCACCCAAUUGUAACUUUAGGUAUGAAACAUCUGCAUUUUUUGACAUCGCAAUUGCGGCACCCACACCCUCGCCACCAUCAACAACAAUAGCCACUCAUCUUCCUUCUCUUCCUCCUCCUCCUCCUCUGCCAGGAAGGAAGAAGCAGAAUACAUCACUCAGAAAAGUCAUCAUCACUGUGACAAUUGUUGUUAGUCCGGUGGUACUGAUUGUAUCCAUAUGGAUUUAUUGGAGAUUAUUUAGGAAGACAAAGGGAAAGUUCAAAGAUCAUGUUAGGCGCGGACAUUUGGAUUGGCAUCAUCGCUACAAAAUCGUAGUAGGCAUUGCACGAGGUCUUCUUUACCUUCAUGAAGAUUCUCGUCUUAGAAUUAUCCAUCGUGACCUCAAAGCUAGUAACAUUCUACUAGAUGCGGAAAUGAACCCCAAAAUUGCAGAUUUUGGUAUGGCAAGAUUGUUUGAUUUUGAUCAAACACAAGGUGAAACGAGUCGAAUUGUCGGGACCUAUUGAUAUAUGGCUCCGUAAGAUUUGGCGCGUGGACACUUUUCCGUCAAGUCUGAUGUCUAUAGCUAUGGUAUAUUAGUGUUAGAGAUAAUUUGUGGACAGAAAAAUAGUUCGUUCCGGCAUGAAGAUAGAACACAAGAUCUUCUAAACUAUGCAUGGAAAAGCUGGAAGGAGGGAACAGCUUCAAAUUUGAUAGACUCAAUGUCAAGGACUGGUUCAACAAGUGAAAUAAUGAGAUGCAUACACAUUGGGUUAUUAUGUGUACAACAUAGUAUAACUGACAUAACAACCAUGGCUGCAGUUAUACAAAUGCUUACAACAACACUGUCAAGCUCAGAGUGCCCUCUCAACCAGCAUUUUACAUGUUUAGUUGCGUCGGAUCCUCAUCGAGCGUGUCGAUGGGUUUGGCGAGUAGCUCAGGACUGA